UCCCGGCCCUGUGGGAUAUAUGUGGAUUUUGAAUGUUGUUUUGAAUAUUCCAGUGUAACAAUGAUUUAUAGAACGUUAAAUAUACAGUCGUGGGCUGCUGAUCUGUGCUAGGAAUAACCACAACUUUUGCGUCAGUGAUAAUUUGUGUCGAAAUUGUUUGCACGAGAGUUUGGGAACUUCAAAAACGAGACUUCACGAGAUUUCAUUUCCCCAAAUGGCUGCCUCCAAGUGAACAAUUCUUGACACCACCAAUCUUCCCCAGAUUCUGUCUUCCGUACGGUGGAAUGAACUGAUUAGCGAUAUCAAGUUAAUCACUAACUUUGCAGGGUGAGGAUGGACGGUUUCGGCCAGUGGCAGGCGGGGUUUAGUAGAGGGCCUCCAAACUUGGGCCCGCGCCCCCCUCCCCAUCCAUCACAGUUUCCUUUUCAUCCAAAUCCAAGUACGGGGCUGCCCAAAGACGCGGGGCUAAACACCGGACAACAGCAAAAUCAGAACAAUGAAGGCCAGCAUUUCUACCCAGGGACACAUACGUCAGGACCUGGAUAUACAAACAUGGGACAACAGCAGCAGCAUUUUGGAGAAAGGUUUUCUUUCCAUCAGGGUUCUGUGGACAACUUAAGCUUUCCAACAUCAUCCUCCAGUCAGCAGCAGUAUGAUCACUCUCGAACACAGAUAGGUUUUCCGUCAGGACCUCCGAUGUUGGAGGAAAUCCCUCAGGACAUGGGACACUACGCGGACCAUGGGGCAAGAGAUUCGCAUUUUGCCAACAGCAUGCAGUCACAACAACCAAACAUCAAUAUGGCUCAACAUGGCACAGCUUUUCAACAGAACGUUUCCUCUCCAUUUGCCGUAAAUCCACCGUCAAAUAUGCUCAAUGAUAGUGGUGGCACUUCCAGCAGCACUAGUAUGAGCAGGGGUUUUGUCAACAACAGUUUUAAUCAAAUGACAGCAUUUCCUCCACCAGUUAGUCAUCAAGGCCAAGAGUUUCAAACUCCAAAACAAAGGCUGCCAAACAUCCCCCCUCCACCCUUGUUCCCACCCCUACCCAAUAUCUCAGGGCAUCUUCCAUUUACAUCAAAUGUCAGGCCUGCAACCACGUCAGGUCUGAGACCAUCCCAUGGCCAGACUUCUCAUGACCACAGUGUACAACCUUCAGAUGACAAGGUACAGGCUGAUGCUGAUAGACAGUGGCUGUCUACUUGGCUGACAAAGAGAGGCCUUGGGACAGCCAGAACAAAAGGGGAGAAAGGUCCUGCUUUGACACUGCCAGAGGUGAGACAGAAGCUGGCGGAGUGGAGAUCUCUCCUGGACCAGCUGACUGAACAGAAAGCCGUGCUGACAGAGGCUGUGGGGGCAGACGAGUCUACGUGGCAGGCUAAGAUGACACGAGCUGCAGAUAUCAAAGGCAGUUUAACAAAAAUGGAGAGCAUGUUUGGGGAUGAGCAGUUGCUGACACAAUUGGAAAGGAAACUUUCAAGAAUCCAGAAGAAGAGGGCUAGGAUGAGAAGGUUACGGGAGGAAUCUUACAGGAGAAGACAGGAGGAUGAGCAGCGAUGUCAGGACAGACAUCAGAAGAUCGACAAGUGGAGAAACAACAUCCUUCAGAAGGAUUUAGAUGCCAAGAGGGAGGCAGAGCUUAAGAAGGAAGUUGACGAUACUCUGUCAGAGGUGCGUAGGAAGCAAUCAGAGGCCACUAAAUCCACAGAGCUGUUGAAGUCUCUGGGCAAGCUGAGAAAACUCAGGAAGGAAGCCAAUGAGAGGAAAGGUGUGAAAACCUCAUCAGAAGCAGAGCGUUUGUUUGAGUGUAAGCUACAGGACUACAUAGAGAUGAUGGUUGAUCGCUCCAAGAUGUAUGGAGAAGAGGAGAGGAUGCUGAGAGCAGUGGUGGAGGAGGAGCAGGAGGAGGAGAGGGAGAGGUACAGACGGGCCAGAAAAAAGAAGGAAGAAAAAGAAGCCAGGAAGAAAGAAGCAAGACAACUAGAGAUGCUGUUUGGACCUACAGAUCCUCUAGACACAGCUGACCCCCUGCUGCCCUACAGACAGUACUAUGAGCAGGGAGACAACAGUGUACAAUCCCUCCUACAUAUUAGGAGAGAGUGGGAUAUGUAUCUUGUCCCAGAUGGCACAGUUGGGGCGACAGGUGUACCUCUAGGUUGGGUCGUACCAUCUGAACCCACCAGCGAGGUAUGGGCAGGAUGCCUCAAGGAAAACAUAGAGUGAUGGUCCUGGGAUGGCCCUGGCAAGUCAUGUGGACUCAAAUUGAAAACAGCUGUCAUAGAUUCUAACCUUACCCAAGGAAUUUUUCACAUAAGUACAAAGAAGCCUUUAGUUUACUGUCAUGUGGAUGUCUGACAAGGAAAUGUUGGCAUCCUUCUGACAAGGAAAUAGAAGCUGGCAAAAGCUAUAUAUGUUUUCUCCAAGAUGAUAUUUCAUAUUAGAUAUGCACAUCAGACGUGACAUAAUGAAUUUUGUUAUUCAUUUCAUUGCUAUCUUUGGACAGAAUAAAGUUGACUUAAACUGUG